AUGUCGUCAGAGGAAUUAUCUCUACCUGUUCUCCCCGCUGUGUCGUGGGAUGAGCAAUCCCAGACCUUCAGCAACAAUCCUCGGAAACGCGUCCGCAAUGCCGCUUCAAAGCACGCGCCAUCUUCAGCUUUCAACAAUUCAAGUGAUCCCGCCAUAUUCUCCAGUGAUGAUGAUCCAGCAUUGGACAACUAUGUAGAGGGGAGACGAAAGAAGAGAUACAUUGGUUCAUGGUUUCAGCAACAUCCCACCUCUUCCGACUCAACCUUCAGUGAGAUUCACGUCCCCAAGCAGAGGCGUCAAUGGACGCGACAGGCAGACAGUGGUGUCUUCCUUGGCAGUGAUGGUAAUGAGAGCGAUGUACUAGAAACAGUACCCGAGGUUCCAAAGCCCAGACUUCCACAGCUUGAUCGCGUUGUGCGCCGCGUCUCAAGAGCUGAACAAGUUGCGCGUGACAGAGUCCGUGCCUGUCUUGACGCGGGUGAAGAGACAAUUGACUUUUGGUCAUUGGGGCUGGAAGAUGUCUCAAACGAUACCAUCAGUCCUUUGUCGCAGUUUUCCUGCAUCCCCGUUGUGACCAAGGAUGUUGCAUUUGAGCAGAAAGACCCCGAGCUUAAGAUCUACAUGGCCCAGAACCGGUUGACUCGGGUUCCUGGUGCCAUCUUCGAUCUAACAUAUCUCACAAUCCUGAGUCUCCGUCACAACAAGCUCAGUGAACUCCCCCCCGCUGUUGCGAAACUUCAUCAUCUCAAGGAACUCAACGUAUCACAUAAUCGUUUAUGGCAUUUGCCUGUGGAGUUACUGGAACUUUUCGCGCCAGAUAGCAAGCUUGACAAACUUGUUGUCCACCCUAAUCCAUUCUGGCAACCAAAUGAGAGCCUUGAAUUGACAGGCGAUCAACUUGACAAUACACUCUUUUUACAGACUGAGGAGGGAGCCUCGCCGACACCACGUUUAGCGAGUCGUGCACUGGGUCGAAGUCCUCUACAGCUCUCGGAUAGUACGGGAAGGAUACUUUCAGACUUCAAGUUCCCAACGGACCAUACAAAACUCAUUCUGCCCGUUGAUGAAGGAGAGCCUGAGUUUCGCCCGUCAUCCUCUGUCUCAUCCAUGACAGAGUCACAACGUCUCGAAGGUGCAACCCGUGUGCCUAGUCUUCUCGAGACGGCUCUUCGAGCCUGCUAUUCCAGCACUCAGCUUUCAGAGAUGCCAUACUACAUUCCUGAGGGGCUCAACCAUCUCAGAAAGCUACUCGAGCGAGCACAAAGACAGAAAGAGGCUGGUGGACUGACAUGUUCACGCUGUCGAAAACUAAUGGUUAUUCCUACCGUCAAGUGGGUUGAAUGGCGAGAAGUUCGGGCUUGUAAUAGGGUCAGCGACGAGAACUCAGCUCUCAUACGGAUGACACCGUUGAGCAUGGCAGAGGGUGAAAGGACGAUACCAUUUGUCAAUCGAGGAUGCUCAUGGCGGUGCCGUCCAGAAGAACUCGAUAAGAGCAGUUGGGGACUGCCGAGUAGAAAUCUUGUUCCAGUGACGGAUGAGGCAAUUUAG